AUGGGCAUCCCAGGCGGGUUCGGUUCCACUCUCAUCGGGGCUUUGGUCUCCGCCAUGUUAUAUGGAAUAACAAAUCUGCAGGGGCGUCUCAAACGGAAUACUUAUAUAUAUUACAUGCACUAUGAUGAUGCCUCGACCAUGAAGUUCCUGGUUGCUGCCAUAUGGGUUUUGGAUACCCUACAUUUCUCGUUCAGCGUCGAUUCUGGUGAAUUUAUUUGUGGUUACUAUGGUUCAAUUGCAAGUGUCUUUCUUUUGCGGGCCGAGGCUCACAAACCAGAUGUUGCUAGCAUCUUUGUACAUAAGAUACAUCACCUCUGUCGUCGUCAACUGAGGUGGUGGGUGACCACCCCACUUAUGUCACCCAGUGACAGGACCAUGGCAGAUACUAUUAGUAAUAGUUCAGACCGGUUCAUCUACAACACGCUCGGCUUCUCCUCGCACGCUAGGGUAGUUUCGUUAACAGAUAAAUUGCUUUACACCUCCGUACCUGCUGUGUCUCUCACCGCACUAGCUGAGGUUUUGAUUACGGUGUCACUCUGCAUACUUUUGUAUGAACGUGGCUCGCGCUCGGCGGUCCCAAGAACGAAGAAUCUAUUGAACACGCUUAUCAUCUAUGUUGUUAACCGUUGUUUGCUGACCUUACUAGUCAUCCUUGCCGAACUCGCAGUGGACGCUGAUGACAUGGUUGCAUGGACGAUGGCAUUGACCUUUGCCAUCCCAAGACUGUAUGCCAACUCACUUCUAGCGUCACUGAAUACCCGGGAACACCUUCGAUCCCAGAGUUGGGGCAAGUCAGAUCUGCACAUGAAUGCUGUCCACGUCUCGAAACUCCCAAAACUUUUGGGAGACGGGGGGAGUUCAAAGGACAGAGAAGGGACUCAUUCCGACCGUCGCGAAGAGAAGGAAAGUUUUCGGAGCUUUGGUGGUGGUUGUUCGCUCGAGCUCCCUGUGCAAUAG